UCCCCGUUGACCUGGGGCUUGGUCUGGGACUCUUCGUACCAGCGAACGAGCUUCUGCAAACGAGGAAAGCACGAAGCGCUCGGAGAGGCUGGAGCCUCCCCAGUGCCGUGAAGCUGACGCCGGGACGCGGCACGCCGCGCCAGCACAUUGCCCAUCUCCCCCAGUCCCUGGGAGGUUCGGUGGUGCCCCGUGAGCUCUACCUGCCCUGACCUGCCGUGGGCCACGUCCCUGCGGAGCCCCGUCAUCCACCCAUGCUGCGCUUCCUCUGGGAGAGCAUCUCCUUCCAGAUGCUCCUCAUCUUCCUCAUUGUCUUCCUGCUUGUCGCCGACUACAUGAAGCACCGAAAGCCGAAGCACUUCCCUCCCAGCCCCUUCUCCCUCCCCUUUUUGGGGCACAUCUACAUGCUGAACUUCAGCAAUCCCCAAAUCAUGGUGCAGAAGCUUACUGAAAAAUAUGGUGACAUCUUCAGCAUGCAGCUGGGCAGCACAUCGUUUGUGCUCAUAAAUGGGCUGCGGAUGAUUAAGGAAGUUCUUGUAAACCAAGCGGAAAACUUUAUGGAUCGCCCUGAAAUUCCUAUUGACAAGGAGAUCUUCAGCAAAAUGGGACUGGUCUCCUCCAGCGGGCACUUGUGGAAGCAGCAGAGGAGGUUCACCUUGACCACCCUCCGAAACUUUGGCUUGGGAAAGAGGCCCCUGGAGGAGCGUAUCCAGGAGGAGUGCCGAUGCCUCGUGGAUGCGUUUGGGGAUGAACAGGGGAAUCCUUUCAAUCCUCACUUAAAAAUCAGUAACGCCGUUUCAAACGUCAUCUGCUCCAUCACCUUUGGCAAUCGGUUUGACUACCACGAUGAGGAAUUCAAAAAAUUGCUGCGGCUGAUGGACGAGACGGUCAGCCUCCACGGGACCGUCAUGAGCCAGCUAUACAACUCUUUCCCGUCUAUAAUAAAGUUCCUCCCUGGAUCCCACCAAACCAUUUUUAAAAACUGGAAGUUGCUGAAAAGUUUCGUGAAAGAGAAGAUCGACAAACACAAGGAGGACUGGAACCCCUCGGAGAGCCGGGACUUCAUCGACAGCUACCUGCAGGAGAUAGCCAAGGACAACGGUAACGGCAGCUUCCAGGAGGAAAACCUCGUGGCGUGUGCGCUCGACCUACUGUUCGCCGGGACCGAGACCACUUCCACAACCAUCCGCUGGGCUCUGCUGUAUAUGGCUAUGUAUCCAGAAAUUCAAGCCCGCGUGCAAGCCGAGAUUGACGCGGUCGUCGGGCAGGUGAGGCAGCCAGCCCUGGAGGACAGGAGCAACAUGCCUUACACCAAUGCUGUCAUCCACGAAGUGCAGAGGAAAAGCAACAUCAUCCCUUUCAACGUCCCAAGACUGACGGUGAAGGACACGGUCUUGGAUGGCUUCCACAUACCAAAGGGCACUGUUUUGCUCACAAAUUUAACCUCUGUGAUGUUUGACAAGAACGAGUGGGAAACCCCCGAUGCUUUUAACCCUGAGCAUUUCUUGAAGGAUGGUCAGUUUUGGAAAAGGGAGUCUUUUGUGCCAUUUUCUAUAGGGAAGCGUGCCUGCCUGGGCGAGGUGCUGGCCCGUGCCGAGCUCUUUCUCAUCUUCACGGCUCUGCUCCAGAAAUUCACCUUCCAGGCACCCCCGGACACCACGCUCAGCCUCCAGUUCAAGCUGGGCAUCACCAUGGCCCCGCAGCCCUACAAGAUCUGCGCCGUGCCUCGGUAGGGAAGCCUUGGCCGCCGUCCUCACAUGCCAAAGGGAAAAUCCUUUGGCAGGGAUGCUGAAAACGAGCCCUCAGUGGCUUCCCCGGGCAGUGGUGAUGACCACCUGGCUUUAGAGAGAGGCUGGGCUGUUUGUUUGUUUCUUUUAAAGCAAUUGCAGAAUCAUUUCUUUUACAAGCGGACCUCGUACUCUGUAUCACAUGAAAAAGGUGAUCAGCCUGGGAUCUGCCAGCGCACUUUUAGGCUUGCCAUAUGGCACUGUAAAUGAAGGAGGGGCUUGGGGCUUUCCUAAUUUUAUGAUAGAUGGCCAUGCUUCACAGUGGCAAGAGAAUGAGCAACACUUUAGAGAUUGCAGUGUUCAGGCUGUGGCUGUGUACUGUGGAAGAGCAGUACCAGCCCUUGUUUUAUGACAUUAAUACAGGUAUUAAUUACCAACAUUUUUUUGAUUUUUGUUAUCCUUGACAUGUAAUCCAUUAAAAAAAGGUCACUCUAUAACACCUCUUUCUCUUGCAUCAAUAAAUCCUUACCAAUCCUG